ACUGCGCCGCUUCCUGCACUGCCAAGGCGCUGCCCUUGUCGUGUCCGAGUAGACGCAAACGAAUAGUUAGUCUCUACGCGAGUGGACUGUGAAGUUUAGUUAAAUUAAUUUAACGGACCAUUCCAAUUAAUUGGACUAUACUCUUCUGUUUCGAAGAACUAUUCGGCUUAUUCUAAGAUGGGCGUCGAAAAUGAUACACAUUUGGCAAUACCAACGCGUAUGUUUGGUGUCCGACAUGUUGUUGUGUCGCUGCUCUUCCUCGCCACCGUUGUCUCGUACGCCACACGUGUCAGUAUGAGCGUCACUAUUCUUGCCAUGACAAAAGAAAAUAACUACGGAUAUCAGGUGUUCGAUUGGAAUAAAACAAUUCAAGAUACGAUUCUAUCUUCCUUUUUUUGGGGCUACAUAGUUCUACAGAUUCCAGCAGGUGUAUUUGCUGGUCGUUUCGGUGGCAAGAUGCUGAUACUUGUGUCUAUGAUAGUGACCGGCUUGAUUAACUUGAUUGUACCGAUCUCCGCAGUGAAGGGAGAUUGGAUGGCAGUCUGCGGUUGUAGGAUAGGUAUGGGUCUUUUCCAAGGAAUAUUGUAUCCAAGUCUUCAUGGACUUCUGGGACAAUGGGCUCCGAUUACAGAGCGAAGUCGUAUGGGCACCUUCGUAUAUUCUGGAUCACAAUUGGGAACCGUUAUCGAGAUGAUGUUGGCUGGUGUUUUGUCGGAUAGUAAGUUUGGUUGGCCGUCUGUUUAUUACGUUGCUGGCAUUACCUGCAUUUUAUGGUCAGUUCUGUGGAUCAUAUUCGGAGCUUCUAACCCCGCUGAAAGCAAAUGGAUAUCUAAAGAGGAACGGAAGUAUAUUGAAAGCAACGCAGGAUCCUCUAACGCUAACGAAAAUAAAAAAAUUCCAGUACCAUGGAAAAGUAUUUUAACUUCAUUGCCGUUUUGGUCAAUUUUACUAUCUCAUUGUGGCCAAAGCCUCGGCUUUUGGACACUGCUAACAGAAAUGCCGUCUUAUAUGGAUAAAGUUCUCGGAGUAAAUAUAAAAAGUACUGGUUACCUUUCGGCGUUACCCUACGUGGCCAUGUAUAUCCUCAGCUUUGUAUUCAGUUGGAUUGCCGAAUAUCUGGUCAACAAUAACGUCACCUCUCUCUCUUCCACGCGGAAGAUCUUCAAUACGAUCGCAUUUUGGGGUCCAGCCGCUUCACUGCUGGCUCUAUGCUACAUUCCCGCGGGCCACCUCACACUUGCUGUGGUUAUGCUUACAAUAACUGUUGGACUUAAUGGAGCUCACUAUGUUGGGUUUCUGAUUUCUCAUAUUGACUUAUCGCCAAACUUCGCUAGUACCUUGAUGGGUAUCACAAAUGGCUGCGGAAACAUAUUCUCUAUAAUGGCACCUUUAAGUGUGUCAGUCGUUGUCUCGGAUGAGAAAAGUGCAGCUGACUGGAGGAAAGUGUUCUUUAUAUCUAUAGCCUUUUAUUUUCUCAGCAAUCUCUUUUUUAUUCUCUUUAUGUCUGGGAAUGUUCAAGAUUGGAAUGAACCACAAAGCAAAAACACUAUCGAGGAAGGAGAGAAAAAAUCUAAAAAGGAGAAAACUGGAGAACACAAGUUUUAAAAUAAUUUUAAAUCACUUCACACGAAGCGGACUAGUCAUAGUAAUUAAACAAGCAAUUUGCUUCAACAUGCUUGACAGUUUUGUGAUAUAAACACUUUACUUAUAUGUGAUAGUGCAGUAAAUUAUGUUUUUAUGCAGUUGGAAUUUAGUUUGAUAGACUCAUCUGGAUGAUAUCAUGACAGGAGGUCCUUUUGUCAUAAAAAUAUUAAGUUCAACAGGAAAUAUACCUAACGUAAUAUUAUAUGAGAAGAGAUAUUAAGUUUAAGGAGACGAUUAAAUGUGUACUACUUAAUAGUAAAUGAGAUACAAACAAAGCCUCGCAUUCUCGUGUGACAUUCUUAUUAAUUAGUGUUUUUAUUUAAAGAAGCCUUUAAAUUUGUUUAGAUAACAUAUGAAUUCAAAUUGUUUUAUAAUUUUUUUAACGGAUGCGUGUUUAUAGUUAUAAUAAAUAAAUAUUUAUUUUUGUAACACAUAGUGAAGAAUACCAAAGCUUACGAUGUUAAAUAAUAAGAUACUCCAUUUACACUUAUUAAAUAAAUGUAGGAAAAAUCUUCAGAUUUAUCUAAAACUCUUUCAUAAUAAUAGUGCCGCAAAUUUUCUUUUCGCAACGCAAUAUAAGUUAUAAUAAAAGUCACAUCACUUUCUUGCAUUUUUGUAUUCUCUGUUAGAAUCUAUUUAACUAGAAAAUUGUUAAUCAAAAUAUUAAGUUUAAACUAGUUACAUCUAGAUGUUAAUCAAUCAAUGGACCCUCGGCUGGCUGGUGAUUGAGUUAUGACUUAUGAUGACAUUUAAAUUGUUUUCAUUUAUAAUAUUACCAGAUUAUCGCAAAUUGUUAUUCUUCAUAGUUUUAAGUGUAAUAUAUUAAAAUGACAUCUUUGUAUGGUAAUAUGAAAUAUAAAUUAAUUUAUUGUGAGUGCAAUAAAGACAGUUUUAUAAAAGAACUAUUAAAA